GUAGAUAUUCGCAUAAGAGUGAAAGGAAGUGAAGGUCUGUUUUAUAUGGUGGCAACGAUUAAAAGGUUACUAUUUUAAUUCUCGUGGCGACAUUAUUUGUUGUUUUAGUCGCCAGUCAGUGCUUUUGCCCUGCUUUGUGUUUUGGCUCCAUUGAAGUGUAGUGCAGCAGUUCAUUGAAGCACGUGUUUGGUUCGAUAUUGAUGUACACUGGUUUUAUUAACUUUAGUAAUUAAUACUUGAUUUUAAGACUUAGAGAAUAUAAUAAGUCUCUUAUGAUGAAGGCUUUAGUAAUCGGGGAUUCAAUGUUAAAAUAUUUGAAACCUCAUCUUCCUGAUGUAAUUCUGAGUCACAAUAUGCAGCUUGAUAGCUUUCCAGGAUUUAAGAUUGAAGGUUUAAUCGAGGAAAUAAAGGAGUUCAGUGGUUUCGAUGUGAUUGUUCUACAUACUGGUUCUAAUGAUUGCUCUGCAGAUGGCAGAACGAAUUUGACACAGUAUGAAAAAUUGCUUCGAGAGAUUCUAUUGUAUAAUCCAAGUAGUGAAAUUUUCAUCACAAAAGUUUUCACAAGAUUGCCCAGUCAAUUCCUUGAUGUUAAACAGAGACUUUCAGAGCGUAUUCGUCUUAGGCAGUGGAAUAAGAAUGCGAAAAACUUGAAUGAAAUGCUGGAUACCUCUACAGCAAAUCGUCCAAAUCUGCACUUUUGUUCAUUUCCGAGAAUAAAUUGGGAUAGCUAUUUAUCAAUAGAUGGAGUACACCUCAAUAGGCUUGGAAAUGAGGCACUUGGCCAGUAUGUCACACAUAUCUUGACAGACUACUUUGCCUGGAUUAAGAAAUCCAAAACAGCUUCUUUGUGUCCUAAUGUUACUUGUGUUAAAACAACGAGUGUUGGUAGCGGUAAGCUGAGCACUAAACCGAAAAAGAAAAAAACAUCUGAAGUUCAGUUGAAAGAUCAAGAAUUGUACUCGGAUAUAUUAAAGAAAGGUUUGAAGAGAGAUGUUCUGUGUGCUAAACAAGAAAAUACUCCCCCAAGUGAAUGCUUAUCAGUGCCAGUACCUUCACUCAACUUACCUGUUAAGUCUGAAGAAAAGAAAAGUAGUAAUGAUGUUGAUGAAAGUUGGACUCUGGUUGUUCGAAGACGUAGAUGUAAAAGAAUUGAAUUUUCAGACGUUUCUGUAAAGUCUUUUGAUGUGGAUAAUGAAAGGAGAAGUAUUGACAGAUCAACUAAUUUGUGUCGAAAAAUAGCCACUCCAACUGUAUUGGAGGUUACAAAAAGCUUGGAAAAGUUUAAGAAGUCGACCAGGCAUUGCAAAAACUCUAAAGGGAAUGAUUGCAGGAUAGUUGCUAACGAUAAGUUUUCAAGUUUUGGAGCUAAAGUUUCUGGAUGUAAAAAAACGGCAACCUCUAGUGCAAAAGAGAAAAAAUAUGGAGGCAAAUGCAGUUUUGAGUCUAAGUGCUCUGAAAGUCUAAAAGCAGUCAAUGAUGCUGUACUUGAAGAGGACAUAAAGUUGAAUGUAGCAACUAGUUGUUCAGAAAGAGUGUCAGUCUCUAUUGUAAAAGGGAGAGAUUGUAAGAGAAAUAGGAGUUUGAAAUCUAAGUGCUUAGUUAAUCGAAGGGCAGUGAAUGAUACUAUGCUUAAAGAGAGAGACGGUUUAAAACAAGUUGUAGAGAGUAGCAGUUGUGAAUUCUCUAAAGGUAAUAAUAGUACUGUUAACAAAGAAGAGGAUUUAACUUGCGGAGAAGAGGAUUUAACUUGAGGAUUUAACAUUUCAAGAUUGCAGCGCAAGGUUUCGUUUCCUUACACAUGCUGUGAAGCAUAGUAUCGAUGAACAUGAUAUAGGUAUGAAUGUAACAACGUUGAAUUUUAAAGACAUGUUGAGUUUUAAUACUUGGAUGGAUGAAGAAUCAUCAAGAACAUAUUCUAGUUU